CGAAAUAUUAGAGCUCAAUUAGUAAAAUGGAGACGAAGGUAAAGCUGUUGAGAUAUCGCACAAGCCCUUUCAGUGCAAGAGUGGAGCUUGCUUUGGAGCUCAAGGGAGUUCCUUACGAUUGCCUUGAUCUUGAGGACGUUCCAGACAAAAAUGCUGUGCUUCUCGAGUACAAUCCUAUAUACAAGAAGAUCCCUGUGCUUGUGCACAAGGGAAAGUACAUAGCCGAAUCCCUCAUAAUACUCGAAUACAUUGAAGAUGCAUGGGGUGGGUAUCCUCUACUCCCCAAGGAUCCAUGUGAAACGGCUCAUGCACGCUUUUUGGCCCACUUCAUCGAUGACAAGUGCCUUCCUACAUUCCGAAAGGCCAUCUGGGGCGAUGGUGACAUGCAGAAGACCACGAUGAAGCAGUCGAAAGAAUAUCUGAGCAUUCUUGAAAGAGAGCUUGGAGGUAGAAGAUUCUUUGCGGGAGAUGAAAUUGGGUUUCUUGACAUUGCUGCAGCCUACAUUGCUUUAUGGACUGGAGUUCAUCAAGAAGUGGCUGGAGCAAAUCUUUUCACUGUAGAAGAUCAUCCCAUCUUAUGGAAAUGGUGUCAAGAGUUCUUGAACUCUGAUGUUGCCAAGAAAAUCUUGCCUGAGAGAGAAAAACUGGUUGAUUUUUACAGUGGGAAGAAAGAAUUCAUCCAAGCUUAUGUUAAGCAGUCUGGUUGAUUCUGUGGUUGCUACUAGUAAUUAGUAUUUGGAUGAAGGAUACGAAUAACGUACUGGGGGAUAUAUGGAUCCUUUUUGUUUCGGGUUAUGGAAAAAUGUCGAACGUCUAAUUCCUUAGUGGAAUAUGAAAAGAUUAGGGGUUUUUACCCAACUGUGCCGAAUUUUUAAAUGAGAAGCAUGUAGAAGUUCUAUUGU